CUGCUGCCACUCCUCGGAGCCAUGUCCUCACCGCCCGCCGGGCUGGUCCAGAAGCUCUUCCAGUACAUUGAUCUCCAUCAGGACGAGUUUGUGCAGAUGCUCAAGGAGUGGGUGGCCGUUGAGAGUGACUCGGUCCAGCCCGUGCCCCGCCUCAGACGGGAGCUGCUCAGGAUGACGGCCCUGGCCGCAGCGGCGCUCCGGCGCCUGGGCGCCCGCGUGGACCUCGUCGACUCGGGCGCUCAGCAGCUGCCUGAUGGUCAGACCCUCCCGGAACCUCCCAUCAUCCUGGCCGAACUGGGGGCUGCGCCGCAGAAGCCCACCGUGUGCUUCUACGGCCACCUGGACGUGCAGCCUGCGGCGCGGGCAGACGGGUGGCUCACGGACCCCUACACGCUGACGGAGGUGGACGGAAAACUUUACGGACGAGGCGCGACGGACAACAAAGGUCCUGUUCUGGCGUGGAUUAACGCCGUGAGCGCCUUCCGGGCCCUGGAGGAAGACCUCCCCGUGAACGUCAAGUUCGUCCUGGAAGGGAUGGAAGAGGCCGGGUCUGUGGCCCUGGAGGAGCUCGUCAAGAGGGAAAAGGACGGGUUCUUCUCCACCGUGGACUACAUCGUGAUCUCCGACAGCCUGUGGCUCAGCCAGCGGCCUGCGCUCACUUACGGGAUGCGCGGGAACAGCUACUUCACAGUGGAGGUGAAGUGCAGAGACCAAGAUUUCCACUCAGGAACCUUUGGCGGGAUCCUCCAUGAGCCGAUGGCCGAUUUGGUGGCUCUGCUCGGGAGCCUCACCGACUCCUCUGGCCGGAUUCUGGUCCCUGGCAUCUACGACCACGUGGCUCCUGUCACAGAAGAGGAAAGGGAGCUGUACGCAGCCACGGACCUGGACCUGGGAGAGUACCGGGCCAGCGCCCAGGUCAAGGACUUCCUGUUUGACACCAAGGAGGAAAUUCUAAUGCACCUGUGGAGGUACCCGUCUCUCUCCAUCCAUGGGGUUGAGGGCGCAUUUGAUGAGCCUGGGAUGAAAACCGUCAUCCCUGGCCGAGUCACAGGCAAGUUCUCCAUCCGGCUGGUCCCCGCCAUGAAGCCGCCCGUGGUGGAAAGGCAGGUGAAGCAGCACCUCCAGCGUAUCUUCUCCGAAAGAAACAGCUCCAACCAGAUGUCUGUUUCGAUGGUGCUGGGCCUGUGCCCGUGGAUCGCCAGCGUUGACGAUAGCCAGUAUCUCGCCGCAAAGCGAGCCAUGGAAGCAGUGUUUGGAGCAGAGCCAGACAUGAUCCGCGAUGGAUCUACCAUACCAGUUGCCCAGGUAUUCCAGGAUGUCCUCCAGAAGAGUGUGCUGAUGCUUCCGCUCGGCGCCGUGGAUGACGGAGAGCACUCCCAGAACGAGAAAAUCAACAGGCGGAACUACAUAGAGGGAUCCAAAGUAUUCGCUGUCUUUUUCCUCGAGAUGGCUCAGCUACACGGAAAACGGCAGGACCUUCCAGCUUAGCUCAGACCAAGGGACAUAUCCCCCCUUCCAUCCUUCUGGACAGGAGUGGAAUAGAAAUAUCUGGAAAAUUUUGGUCAAGAAAAUGAUGUUUUCCCUCCCAUUUAAAAUAUCUUUGGACAUCUGGAUACUAAUAUAAUAUCUUAAAGGCACAGACACUGGGCAUGGUUUAAUGGUCCCACUGCAUGUCUUUCUAAAGUCAC